AUGACCACCAAGGCGAUCCCUAGUGAUCUUCCUACUUUGGAUGAUGUCCUGAAUCGUCGGACUCUCCCGCCUGUAUGUCUAUAUAAUUUUUACAUAGUAAUGCGAGACCGUCUCCACAUGGAAGAAAUACUCGAUUUUUAUCUCGACGUCAAACACCAUGAAUUACUUUGGAAACGUUAUAUAAAAUCUCUCCAACGAUCCGGAUUUGUGACGGAAGAAGAUCUUGCGGAAGGCUACCAGUCAAAUCGUCUGUUGAGUCGACUCUCGCAUACCAGCUCAAUGGACGAAAAACGUCCCGGUUUGUCCCAUUUGUCAUCACCCACUACAAGACCACAUCAUCUUCAGCCACCUCGGUCUAUGGACCUGGGUGAACGGUCCGGUAAUAGUAUACGCAUCUCUCAAUCUUCGGGACUAUCAAACAUACCUGUCAUUCGUCCACCUAUUAUUGACCCUUCUAUUACGGUCACACCCCGACAGCCAGUUGAUGAAGAAGCAGCAGGAGUUUUGACAACCGAAAGUAUGGUUUCCGGUAAUCCAUCCGUUUUACCCCCAAACAGACAGGAUCUAGCCAAUUCUGCCCAAAGAAUAUUGCUAAAAUACAUCGUUCCAUCUGCACAAAAGGAAUUGGUCCAGCUGCCGCCGCCUAUACGUCAGGCUAUCCGUGAUGCAUUACAAGGCCCUGAACCACGCGAUGACCCGUUGGUUUAUGCUGAUGCCAAACAGUAUGCGUUUGAGGCUAUGCAGAGACAAGCAUACCCAAAAUUCUUACGUCUCAAGGUUUGGGGAAAUGUUACUCUUUGGCAGCAACUUGGUCGACUGGCAAUCGGCUUGCUCGGCUUAUUGGCAGGAUUUGCAACUUCGCUUAGUUUGAUUUUCCUUGGCUAUCCACAAUGGCAUUCCCGCUUCGGGGCAUUGGUUCCGUUUUGGGUUGGCAUAUACAACGUCUUUGUGUUCCUUACAGGCCUGGACCCACUAUGGAGACGCUCACUUUCACGGAAAUCUUUAUUCUUUAUAUAUAGUGAGACCGUUACUUUCCGGUUCAACAAGAUCGCCCAACCGCGCGUCAAAGAAAUUUUAUGGUCCCGAUCUAUUUGGCUAUUAAUUGCCAGUAUUGUGGUAUCUAUGGUCAUUACCAUUAUCUUUAGUGCUAUACCUCCCCGAAGGCUUUAA